UCCUAAAAUCUCCAAAUUAAAGGAGCUCCGCUACUAGAGCAGAUAAGGUUUUUGAAAUUCCUUUUGUGCUUUCUCUCUGUCAAAAAAGAACAAAAUCCCUAAAUAUAAGAGUUUCUCCUCAACCGUGUAGAUAGCUAAAACCCCUUUCUUUUAAGUUCCCAUUUAAACCCUAAAUUCCUAACAUCAAAAUCUAAGCAACAAAGCAAUGGCAGAGGGGGUAGGAGAAGAAAAGAAGAAAUUUUCACUGGGAUUUGCCAGAUGUGCCAAUGGGUCAACUUCCACCACAUCUUGAACUCCAACGAAGUCGUGUUUCAUGCAAUAAGGACGCCCCUAUCCAUACUGAGAGGAUUCAAUAUUUUGGCGCUUAUGCAUCGAUGGGAAUUGAUAAUAGUUCACGACUUGACCGAUUCUCUAACAACUUUAGAGUUGAAGUGGUUCGACUCAAUGAAGAUGACAUGGAGUUUGAUAUGAUCGGUAUUGAUGCAGCUAUUGCCAAUUCAUUCAGGGGGAUCCUUAUAGCUGAGGUCUGUGACUUUUUGGUCUACCUCUUUUCAGUGCUAACAUAUGCUAUGUUAAUGACAAUAUUGCCAAUUUAUGGAGUUUACCCUUAGGGCACUUGGUAAUUCUUUAUUGCCAAUUUAUGGAGUUUACCCUUAGGGCACUUGGUAAUUCUUUACUUUUUGUCUCUUUCAAUUGUAGAAAAUGAUCAGCCAAAUGAAAAGAACACCAUUGUUUUCAAACUCCAUGUUUAGUGUAAAAGAGGUAGUCCACAUAUUACAGUUAAAUCGGAUGCAUUAAAGUGGUUGCCUAAUGGGAGUGAACUGGUUAAGGAAACAAGAAAUGCAGCUUCAGAUUCAUCAUCAAAGCCUGAAACAUACACUUACUUCGGUUGCAGUCAAGAGACCAUUCCAGAAUUUGUCAAGAACCCCAUUAUCCCUAAGUAUCCAGAUAUUAUUAUUGCUAAACUUGGCCCUGGCCAGGAAAUUGAACUGGAAGCACAUGCUGUUAAAGGCAUUGGGAAAACACAUGCAAAGUGGUCCCCAGUGGCCACUGCUUGGUAUCGGAUGCUUCCUGAGGUUGUAUUAUUAGAAGAUAUCGAAGAUGACCUUGCUGAAGAACUCAAAAGCAAAUGCCCUGUUAAUGUGUUUGAUAUAGAAGAUCUUGGAAAAGGUAGGAGAAGGGCAACUGUAGCAAGGCCACGUGCGUGCACACUUUGCAGAGAAUGCAUAAGAGGUGACGAUUGGGAGAAACGUGUGGCACUGCGCCAUGUUAAAGAUCAUUUCAUAUUCACCAUUGAAUCUACUGGAGCAUUACCUCCUGAAAUUCUAUUUACUGAAGCAGUGAAGAUUUUAGAAGACAAGUGUGAACGUGUGAUAACGGAGCUCUCAUGAUGCUUUUAAUAUGGUUAGUAAGGAUGAGAGAAGCAAUGGAUUCUUUAUUAAUCCAAGGAGAUUUUCUUGCCUCCUAGCAAAUCUUUUUCAUUUCUCAUCUUUUGGUUCAUGGAUGGGAUUUGGAGGGGCAGAUGGUAUGAUUCACAUAUAUAUAUAUAUAUAUGUAUAAAGUGGAUUUUUGUGAGUUAAUGUGUAAUGAGAGGGAUAGAUUAUUGGUGAUGGGCUUUUUACAUUUUUGGUCUUGAAUUAAUAUAUAGUUGUAAUACAAGGAUCCAUGGUUUAACCUUAUGAAGUGGCCAAUUCAUCAGCUUUGCUUUUAGUGGCAUAAAAACAGUAAAAUUGCAUCAGUUCUCUGA